AGCCUCUGAAGUGACUUCAAGCCAACCCGAAGGGGGGAGAGAGAGACCUGUUUGCCAAAGAAAGGUGAUGAAGAGGACAACUGCAAUUCUAUAGAACCAGUCAGUCCUUCAUUAAAAAGAAAACCCAAGUGUGGAACAACAACAAAAAACUCUUUACACAUUAAAAGGAAAGGGAAGAAGGGAAGCCAGGAAAAAAAGAGAUAAAGAAAACUCCAGCUUCGACUGCUAUUGAAUUUGAUGCACUUCUGAUCACAUGAAAAAAUCAACAAGGAAAAGAAAGGACAAAAGUUUCCCUGAGCAGGUUAACAUGCAAGGGUGCCUCAGAUGACAGUGGUCUUGACAUAGUUCACCUAGAGGAGAAACGAAGUCAAUGCAUAGAAAACGGAAAGAGCAUCAUGAUGCAGAGUGACAUUAGUUCAACUGACAAAUCCCUGAGAGGUGAGAGACAAUACAAAUGCCUACAGCGUGGAAAGAGCUUCAGUAAGAGCAGUACGCUCAGUUGCCGUCAAAGAAUGCAAACAGGGAAGAAACCAUAUAAAUGCAUGGAAUGCGGGAAGAGCUUCAGUCAGAGUGGUGACCUUAGGUCACAUCAAAGAACUCACACUGGUGAGAAACCUUAUAAAUGCAUGGAAUGUGGAAAGAGCUUCAGUGAAAGCAGUACGCUUAGAUCACAUCAAAGAAUUCACACUGGGGAGAAACCAUAUAAAUGCUUCGAAUGUGAGAAGACCUUCAGUCAUCGCAGUAACCUUAAUUUACAUAAAAGAACUCAUACUGGGGAAAAACCAUAUAAAUGCAUAGAAUGUGGGAAGAGCUUUCGUCAGAGAGUUCACCUGAGUUCACAUCAAAGAACUCACACUGGGGAGAAACCAUAUAAAUGCAUGGAAUGUGGGAAGAACUUCAGUCGGCAAGUUCACCUGCGUUCACAUCAAAGAACUCACACUGGGGAGAAACCAUAUAAAUGCAUGGAAUGUGGAAAGAACUUCAGUCACAGAAUAUCCCUGAGUUCACAUCAAAGAACUCACACUGGGGAGAAACCGUAUAAAUGCAUGGAAUGUGGGAGGUGCUUCAGUAAAAGCAGUCACUUCAAUUCACAUCUAAGAAUUCACACAGGGGAGAAACCGUAUAAAUGCAUGGAAUGUGGGAGGUGCUUCAGUAAAAGCAGUCACUUCAAUUCACAUCUAAGAAUUCACACAGGGGAGAAACCGUAUAAAUGCAUGGAAUGUGGGAGGUGCUUCAGUAAAAGCAGUCACUUCAAUUCACAUCUAAGAAUUCACACAGGGGAGAAACCGUAUAAAUGCAUGGAAUGUGGGAAGUGCUUCAGUCAGAACAGUCAACUUAGAUUCCAUCAAAGAACUCACACUGGGGAGAAACCAUAUAAAUGCAUGGAAUGUGGGAAGUGCUUCAGAAAAAACAGUUACUUCAGUUCACAUCAAAGAACUCACACUGGGGAGAACCCAUAUAAAUGUAUGGAAUGUGGGAAGUGCUUCAGUCAGACCAGUCAACUUGUAUCCCAUCAAAGAACUCACACUGGGGAGAAA